AUGGAUUUAAAGUUAUCAUUCCAUAUUUUUUGUUUAACGCUCGUUGUUUAUGUGUAUGGGCAGGAAGUAACGGUAUUUACAACGGCUGGUGAAUUUAUAGGGACAACCGAGGAAACGACAUUCAGCGGGGUACAAUAUAAAAUAAAACAAUUCUUAGGAAUUCCAUAUGCUAAACCACCAAUUGGUGACUUAAGAUUCAGACAGCCAGAACCUUUACCAAAGCUACAAACACCAUUCCGUGCUACUAGAUACGGAUUUAUCUGCCCGCAGAUUAUUCUCCCGAGUGAACCAUUAGUAGGGACACAAGAUGAAGAUUGUCUGCAUCUUAAUAUCUUUGUUCCAACACAAACGCCUGAUGAUACAAAUGGACAUGCUGUUAUGGUAUGGAUUCACGGAGGAAGGUUCAUUUUAGGUUCAUCCGAUGAGUAUGACAGCAAAAUAUUGUCAGGUUUCGGAAAUGUCCUUGUAGUGACAAUUAACUACAGACUCGGUCCACUUGGAUUCUUCAGUACAAUGAACUCGAACUGUCCUGGUAACUUCGGGUUAUGGGAUCAGAUGUUGGCUUUAGCUGGAUACGAGAUAAUUUUUUCGCCUUUGGUGGUGAUGUUAACCGCAUUACUGUUUUUGGUGAAUCCGCUGGAGCGAUAA